AAAAAACACCUUGACAACUGCUGCAGCUCUGACUAACACUGCAUGGUCACAGCCAGUCGCAGCUCUGCAACAACAGGGAAGUAAAUGUCUCCAAGAGAGGACUGAACCCGGCUGCAGAAUCCAGUCUUAAUUUAUCUCCAAAACCACCAGCUUGGACCAAGAAGGAUGGAGGGAGAAGGCUGUAAUCCUGGGGUCGCCAUGGACUCGGGGAACCCCUUGCUAAGGGCCGUAUUCCUUCGUCGUUUAAGACUCACACGGCUGCUCCUGGAGGGAGGAGCUUACAUCAAUGAGAGCGACAGUCAAGGCCAGACGCCUCUCAUGGUGGCCUGUAGAACCCAGCAUACCGACACCCAGAGCGCUAGCCGGGUAAAGCUGGUCCAGUUUCUUCUGGAGAAAGGAGCUGACCCGAACAUCCAGGACAAAGAAGGUCGAUCUGCGCUGAUGCACGCCUGCAGGGAACAGGCCGGCCCUGAGGUUGUUUCUUUGCUUCUUGCAAGCGGUGCUGAUAUUAGCCUCGAGGAUCAGUCUGGGACAUCUGCGUUGGUCCAUGCAGUCAUGGCCGGAGACUGGAAGGUUCUGAAACUGUUGCUAGACACGUGCAAGGCCAAGGGGAAGGAGGUGAUCAUCAUAACGACGGACCAAUUCCCAUGUGGGGAACUUAAAGCCAAGCAGUACCUCAGCAUGCCUUCUCAUGAUCCUGAUAAUCAAACAGACAAAACGACAUCAGCUCCUCCUGCAUCUCCCUCGGAUGUUCAGCUCAUCACCUCCCCCCAGUGCACCUCUUCCUUGUGUCUCCCAAAGCCUAUCUUCUCCUUUAAAGAAUCAAAAUCCUAUGGUGUGAGCUCCCAUCCAUGUUCCCCUUCACGGUAUCAAAGAUGUGGCCAAGCGCUAACAAACGGCCUGCAGCAGCCUCUCCUGAGGUUAAACUCUGAGCCCUGGCUCAAAAUCCCUGCAUCUCUGCUCGCCCAUCAGCAUAAUACCGCUUUAUCCUCAGAGGAAGGCAAAGACCUCAAUCAAACUGAAGACCUCUCUUUCAGAAUUCCCAAACUGUACGAGGAAGGCAGCACCAAUUCAGUAACCCAUAGCUUCAGUUGGUAUGAAGAACAAUUUGAAAGGGACAAAGGAGUAAAAGGAGAUGGAAAGAAUGGAUGUGCCAAAAAGAAGAUGUCCCUGCCAGGUCUCCUAUCAUCUCACUCUGCCUCCCAUCCGAACCUCCACUCUGGAAACCUUGGAACAGAUUCAAUCAGAUCUUCGUCAUCCUUUUCCGGCGGUAGGAACCUUGGCGCUCCACUUAAAGACAUGGCCUCGUCGAGCCUUUACAGCAUCAUCCAGAGGCGUAAGCUUGGGGCAGACAUCUACAGCUCCGAUCCUCAGCUGGCUUUCGACAUCCAAAACGUUCCCGAGGAGAACCAGAAGAGAGCCAAAGACCUUAGCGAUGCAAAGAGGCUGACCCCUUUACGCUGCUCCAGCACUGUGGGCUCCAGGGAGUCCUUGUCGUCCUUGGGGAAGAAACUGCUCUCCGGGUUUGAGCGCAGAGGGUCCGGAGCUUUCUUGUUGGACCACAGCUCCCAGUCCAAGCCUAGAUCUCUACCACCUCUCGUGCUCAACUCCACCAACAACCCUGUUUGUAACGUGUACAACCUCGGCUCCAGUGGUGGAGGGGGUUUCUGUGAGAAAGAGGCUGGCUUGAAAAAUUUCCUUCCCUCCGCGCCUCCUGGGCACCCAAAAGAGCUGACCAGGAGGAUGCUGAUGAGGAGACACUCCAUUCAGACUGAGCAGUUUAAAACCACGGCCUAA